GCGUGCGCGCGUGCGCCCUGCUCCCGGCCGUCAUGGACGCUCCGCCGCGCGCCGCGGGGCCGCCGGCCGAGGCCGGGGAGGAGGACGCCGAGGACGCCGAGGGCCCGCGGGGCGCGCGCGGGGGCGGCGACAGCGGCCACGUCUCCCAGAGCCAGAGCCGCGCGUCGGGGCCGUGGGAGGACGAGGGCGCCGAGGAGCCGCCGCUGCGCCGCGCCGCCGCGGGCUAUGCCGCCUGCCUGCUGCCCGGGGCGCGGCCCGAGGUGGCGGCGCUGGACGCCGGCCUCGAGGACCUGCUGACGCGCGUGGACGAGUUCGCGGGCAUGCUGGACCUGAUCCGCGGCGACUCCACGCACGUGGUCCGCGAGGGCGUGCCGCGCAUCCACGCGCGCGUGGCCGAGAUGAGGCGCAUCUACGGCAGGAUCGACCGGCUGGAGGCCUUCGUGCGCAUGGUGGGCAGCCGCGUGGCCCGCACGGAGCAGCAGGUGGCCCGGGCCGAGGCCGAGCUGGGCGCGCUGCCCAGGGCCUUCCGGCAGCUGCUGCACGGCGUCGGCGUGCCCGGCCUCUUCGCCAAGCCCGCGCCCGCCGCCUACGAGCCGCCGCCCCUCUUUCGCACCGAGGACCACUUCCCGGGGCGCGGCGACAGACCCCCGCCCUGAGGGACCG